ACCGGACCACGUCGUCUGGCUCUGAACGUCUUGUCACCUGCACCAGCCACAUGAGAUGAACUCUCUCUAUUUAAGCAGGUGGUCUGUCUACCUUCAACAGCGGCCUAUCUAAUACAAGUUCAUGGCCUGCACAUGUGCUGCCGGCCUUAUUCUUGCUUUUUUUACCUCCCUGGCCUUCUGUCAAAGCACCUUGGAACACGGCUUGAAUGAUGCUGGUAUCACCGCUAUCUUUCCUGGGAAUUCAGCAUACAAGAAUGCAAGCAGACCGUUCAACCUGAGAUUUGACUUCUCUCCCGCUGCUGUGGUAUAUCCCUCGACGGUUCGCGAGGUUUCAACUAUAGUUCACCUUGGAUACUCUGAAAAACUACGAGUUGUUGCCAGGGCUGGCGGGCAUAGUUAUAUCGCCAACGGACUUGGAGGCGAGAACGGCACUCUCGUCAUCGAUUUAAGCAAUAUGACAGCCUUGAAAUAUGAUGCGUCUUCUGGAAUCGCGACGAUCGAAUCAGGUGCGAGACUGGGAGACGUAGCCCUCGCUUUAAAUGAUGUAGGAAGAGGUCUUCCUCAUGGAAGCUGCCCUUACGUUGGAAUUGGUGGACAUGCUGCUGGCGGUGGCUUUGGAUUUCCGUCUCGAAUGUGGGGUCUGAUAUUGGACAGAAUUGUGUCGAUGACGGUCGUUUUAGCUGACGGAACUAUUACUUCCGCAUCAAACGAUGCCAAUCCAGAUCUUUUCUGGGCUUUGAGAGGUGCCGCGAGCUCAUUUGGUAUCAUCACCUCUAUGGAAAUGGCGACGUCACCGAUACCUUCGUAUGCGGUCAUCUUUAGCUAUAAUUGGCAGAUGAAAUAUGAAAGUGCCGCAACCUCCUUCAUCAAAUUUCAAGCAUUUGCUAUGACGGACAUCCCAGCCGAAUUUGGAGCAGAAGUCGUUCUUACAAGCGGUGGUGAGGCGGGCAAUGUUACCUUUGCGAUCACAGGCGGAUUCUUUGGCGAAUCUGAAACUGCGCUGAACAACACGCUGGUGCCAUUCUUAGCAGUUAUGCCGUCUCCGACUAAUGUAAGAUACACCGGAAAUGGAACGUGGAUCAGUGCACUGCAGGACCUGGGUGGGGGUGUCCUUGACACACAUACCGCAGGUCCUGAUGGAACCAACACAUUCUAUGCCAAAUCGUUGAUGACUCCACAAGAUGACCCGAUAACAUAUGAAGCAUCCGAAGCAUUCAUGAAGUCUCUUGCAUACGAUGGGUAUGCUUCCGAUACGAACUGGUUCGUGCAAGCCGAAUUAUAUGGGGGCGGAAAUUCCGCUAUCAAUGCGGUUCCUGUUGACUCAACAUCAUUUGCGACCAGGAGUGCACUGUUUACAAUACAAGUAUAUACGGCGACCUAUAACAAUGCGCCGCCAUUCCCUGAUGAUGGUUUCACUUUCUUAGACUAUCUUGUCAGCAAUAUCACGGCGGCUAUGCAUACUGGGUGGGACUACGGAGCAUAUGUCAAUUACCCUGAUGACCGUCUCAGAGAUUGGCAAUACCUCUACUACAAAUCUCACUAUCCGAGACUUAAGGCUAUGAAAGCUCAGUAUGAUCCUACAGGUGUAUUUGUGUUUCCUAUAGGCAUCGAGUGACUUUAUGUCUAACACGAGUGUUCUGCAUCUGUAAUACGCAAUCCUGAUAACAUCGCGAUACUAUAUCUUGGACUCUUAUCGUCAUUGGAAAUUUAGGAGUUUGUAAAUCGAGCUAUUGCAAAUUAGAAAGCGG